GGAGGCAAUUUUGAGAGGAUAAAGCAUCUUGGACACUAACAUGGGAAAUGCUGAAAUGGAAGAAAAGUUUAUAGACGAAUGCGAGUUUUCAACAAUUGAAGAGUUAAAAUCAGAAAAGAUUCAAGAUAAUGAGAUCAAUAAAAAGAAAGAUAUUUUAAAGAUGAAAAAGCAAGAGACAGGCGUCUCAAUAUAUAAUGUUGGAGAUCUGGUCUUGGCAAAGAUUUCCGGCUAUCCUUGGUGGCCAGGAAUGGUCUUUCCAGAAGAUAUUGCACCUAAAGAUGUUAUGGAUGCACGACCAGUUUCAAAAAAACGUAGAAAUGGUAUGGAUGUUCAACAUUGGCUUGUAAGAUUUUUUCCAACACCGGAAUAUAUAUGGGCCUCUAAGAAUGAUAUAAGACCUUUAACCCCAGAAAUGAUUGAUGAUUUUCUUUCUAGAAAAACUACAAAAAAGGAUAUACGAAGAAGUUAUGAAAUUGCAAAAACAUGCCCAACAGUUGAAGAUUUGCUUGCUCAGCAAUCUCUUGAAAUGAAAGAUGAAUCGGAAAAAGAUGAGGAUGAAGAUGAAGAUGAAUUUAAUGAUAAUUUAAAAGAUGGUGAUAUUGAUGAUAAUGCGAUAAAAGGAGCGUUAAAGCGAAAAAUAGAAUCUAGAAAAGCUGAAAAUAAGAAAAGAAGGCACGAGAAUGACCGACAUAAAGUAAAAUUAAAUAAUCAAGAAAAAAUGAUAUCCGAUGGUUCUCAAAGGAAUUUAAAUAAAAUUCUGAAUGGGAAACUUAAAUCAGAAGAAAAUUCUAUUAUUUCUUCAGAGAAAUCAUUACAAGUAAAAUGGGAACAAAAAAAACAGCAGGUUUUAUUUUUUAGACAUAAGUUGCAAAGGAUUAUGCUUACUAAUGGAAAAGUUCCCUCCGAAACUGAUAUGCCUAUAGUAAAUGAACAGUUAGAAAAGUUAGAAACAUUUAAGGGAAUUGAUGCUGCAAUUUUAAGAGCUACAAAAAUUGGAAAAGUAUUAAAAAGAAUUGUCCAACUUUCAGAUAUACCUAGUGAUGAAAAGUAUUUUAUUAAAGAAAGAAGUGAAAAGCUGCUUGAUCUAUGGAAGAAUUUGUUAGAAAAGCCUAAUGAUAUUGGUGAUAAUCAAGAAGAAAAAAGCCAAUUCUGAAGGGAUAUAGAUCCUAAUUCUUCAUC